AUGGGCGGCGGAGGAAAGAUCCCGUACCCGAAGCACGUCUGGUCGCCGGCUGGCGGUUGGUAUGCCCAACCCGCCAACUGGAAGGCCAACACCUUUGUCAUGGGCGGCGUGCUCGCCAGCAUCGUCGGCGCCGCCUGGAUGCUCAGCGCAAACCUCGAAUACCGCGACAAGAUGCCUCAGGAGGGCCGGUUCUUCCCCAGCCGAUACUGGAGCAAGCAGAUUAUCGAGCACGAGCGGAAACUGAAGGAGGAGAAAUAG